AUGGCUAAUGGAUACUUUCGACUCGUUGUUUCCUGGAUCCUCGUGAAUGAAUUCGUGGUCAUCGAUACGAGACAGAACGAUCGUAGCGAAGAAUGGGUCGUCAGACUCGAGGGUGGCCCGCAAGUUUCCUCUCUCUUGGCCCUGCAGUCUGGGUACAGACAUCUUGGACCGGUACUGGGAUUCAAGGAUACGUAUGUGUGGCUUAAGAACGGGAGAUCGAGUCAGAAGAAAAGGGGAGGGCUUCGUUUAACGAAGGCGUUGAACUCGAGCGCUAAGAUCAUUUGGGCGGACCAACAGAGGGUGAUAGAACGACAUAAACGUGAUUACGUGCCACUGACUAACUUCGAAUCGGAAAAACCUCUGAUAAGGGAGAAGAGGCUUGAAUUGGAUCAGUAUCGAUUAAAUAAUAUAGAAAACAACAAAGAAUUCGAUGAAUUGUUCACCUACGACCCUGAAGAUCCUAGUCUGAUGUUUAACGAUGAACUAUGGAGUCAAGAAUGGUACCUGCAAGACACGAGAUCGAACAAAGCGCUCCCGAAGCUCGACUUGAACGUUCUACCCCUCUAUCGACUGGGGGUAAGUGGUCGCGGCGUGAGGAUCGCUGUUUUGGACGACGGAUUGGAGUACACACACGACGAUCUACGGAACAACUACGAUCCAUACAUCAGUUACGACGUGAACGAGGGUGACGACGAUCCUCUUCCACGAUACGAAUUAUCUGAAAUGAACGGCCACGGAACAAGAUGCGCUGGGGAAAUAGCGAUGGAGGCCAACAACGGGAAAUGUGGCGUAGGCGUCGCCUUCGAGGCCUCCAUCGGGGGCAUCAAGCUACUCGACGGACUGGUGAACGAUCGCGUCGAGGGAGAGGCGCUUGGAUAUAAACCGGAAGCUGUGGACAUUUACACCGCCUCUUGGGGACCUGCAGACGAUGGAAAAAGUCUAGAAGCACCUGGGCGACUGGCUGCAGAGGCCCUCGAACGUGGAAUAACCGUGGGCAGGGAAGGACGAGGGAGCAUUUACGUGUGGGCUUCCGGAAACGGAGGCUCGAAAUCGGACGACUGCGGAUGCGACGGAUACGUGGGGAGCAUUUAUACGAUCGCCGUUGGAUCGGCCAGCCAGACCGGAAGAUUCCCUUGGUACGGGGAAAGCUGCGCGGCGACAAUGGCGACGACGUAUAGCAGCGGUGCUUAUCACGAUCAGAUGAUAGCGACAACGGACUUGAGAAACACCUGCACGACGAGGCACACCGGGACCUCAGCGUCCGCUCCAUUAGCCGCGGGAAUUCUGGCGCUGGCCCUUCAAGUAAACAAACAGCUGACCUGGAGGGACGUACAACAUCUCAUUGUUUGGACCUCGGAGUGCAGCCCUCUCAGGGAGAAUCCAGGAUGGUUUCGAAACUCCGUCGGAUUUUGGUUCAACUCACGUUUCGGCUUCGGACUUAUGAACGCGUACGCGUUGGUCACAGCGAGCUCCAAUUGGACGGCCGUGCCGGAGAAGACCAUUUGUAAAGUGAACAUCGACGGAACAAUCGACAAGAGGCUGGUCUAUGGAAAUACGAAGACGCUACGAUUCCAGGCGGGUGACGAGUGUCGAUCGGCGGGGAAUGAAAUAACAUUUUUGGAACACGUAGAAAUCGAGGUCAGCCUCGAGUACAGUCUUCGCGGCGUUCUUCAGAUGCAUCUCACUGCACCCUCAGGGACGACGGUACAGAUACUGAAGCCACGAAAAUUGGACGACUCGCCCGCCGGUUUCGAGAAAUGGAAAUUUAUGUCUGUUGCAUCUUGGGGGGAAGAUCCACGCGGCUGCUGGGUCCUCGACAUCCUCGACGAGAUCGGCCCAAAAGAGAAUAAUGGGACAAUCGGAACGAUCGCGUUGGUUCUACAUGGGACGAUGGAAAUGCCAGAGUAUCGUAAAAACGGGCCUAGAAUAUACAAUCACCAGUACAAUCGACUCCGUGAAGCGAAUGAACUCCCCGGCAUAAACGGACCGAAAAAUUUCGUGUUCGGUGGGAAAGACGGGAGUCUCAAGUUCCAGGCUCCAGAUGGAAACGACGUUUAUGAAAGCGACUGGCUAGAGGAGCUCGUAUGA